UUCAAACCGGAAGUAGAAUAAAACUCCAAUCAACCCGGAAACAGACCAAAUGGAUAUGUACACAGACUGAAUUUCACAUUUAUGAAUUCUUUGAAAAAUGUCUUUUCUAGAAAAUGACACUGCUUCAAAAGAAAGGUUUAAUCUGUUAUUACUAGAUCCAGGAGAAAUCUAUUUUGAGGACUACAGUGUUUUCUAUUAUCCUUGUGGUCUUCCAGAACAAGAAGCUAUCAAAAGGAAACAGAGAGGACAUUUGAAAAUAUGUUCCAAAUCAAUGGUGUUUGUUCCAAAGGAAAGUCAGUACCCUAUACUGAAGUUUCCAUUAAGAUAUGUGACAGAAGUAGACGAAUGGUCUGGUGGGUUGUUUUCUAAGAUAGACCAUAAAGAUAAAAUGAUAAAAGUGGCUUGCACACAAACUGUAGCAAUGAAAGAAAAUAACAUACUGAGUCCAUAUGUCUUCAUUAAGGAACCAGCAGAACACAUUUUUUCACUGAAUUAUGUUGUUGUUGAUGAUUGUUUACCACAAAUAUGUCAAUUACACAGAGCCUCUACACUCCCCCCUUCUGAGCAGAAUGCUAUGAUAAAUGCUAUUGUUCUAUCCAGAAGAUCAAGAGUCAAGUUCAAUACAAGUUGGUUGGAAGAUUUAUAUGAAAAUAUUGUCCUGGAAACCCAAGGUGACAGAAUCACACCGUUGGUGACCAAUCCUGGACGUAUUAUGUUGACCAAUAAAAUAUUGUACUUCCAACCUUUUAAUAACAUAGAAAGUAUACCAGUAAUAAAAAUCAGAUUAAAAGAUAUAAACAGACUCAUUAAAAGGAGAUUUUUAUUGAGACAGAUAGGUAUAGAAAUUUUCUGUAAAGAUGGCAGCUCUUGUACUCAUCUGUACUUAUCAUUAUCUAGUCCAGAGUUACGCAAUGACCUUUUCUUCAAAAUGAAGGAACAAAGUGAUUUAGAUUUAGAGUCGCCUGGGCAGGAGGAUAUGACCUUAAGGUGGCAGAGUGGCAAUAUAUCUAACUAUGAUUAUCUUAUGUAUUUAAACAGUUUAGCGGACAGAAGUUUUAGUGACCUAACACAAUACCCAGUGAUGCCUUGGAUCUUAUCAGAUUACUCAUCUAGUCACCUUGAUUUAAACGACCCAUCAGUUUUUCGGGAUUUAUCCAAACCUAUUGGAGCAUUAAAUGAAGACAGAAUUGAGAAAACUAGGGAACGAUACAGAGAAAUGCCAGAACCCAAGUUUUUAUAUGGAUCUCAUUAUUCAACACCUGGUUAUGUUUUGUUUUACCUAGCUAGAAUAGCCCCAGAAUAUGUGCUGUGUUUACAAAAUGGUAAAUUUGAUCAGCCAGACAGAAUGUUUAACAGUUUGUUAGAUACCUGGCAGAACUGUUUAGAAGGUGCAGCUGAUUUUAAAGAAUUGAUACCAGAGUUUUAUUCUCCGGAUCAUCCUGAUUUCCUUUACAACAAAGGGAUCACAAAUUUCGGUAUCAGACAAGAUGGUAAACCAAUUGGUGACGUAGAUCUCCCACCUUGGGCAAUUAGUCCAGAGGAUUUUAAAGAGUCCCUGAGAAUGGCAUUAGAGUCUGAUUAUGUAUCAUCACAUCUUCAUCAUUGGAUUGAUUUAAUCUUUGGAUAUAAACAAAGAGGAGAAGAGGCAGAGAAAGCAGAUAAUGUAUUUUACUACAUGACUUAUGAAGGUGCAGUGGAUUUAGACAGUAUAUCAGAUCCAAACGAGAGAGCUCGUAUGGAGAUCCAGAUUAUGGAGUUUGGUCAAACACCCAAACAGCUGUUUAAAACACAACAUCCACAGAAGUUCCAACAUCCUAGUCCCCAGAGUACUGUUCAGUUUACACAGGAAGUAAAAGAAGGAAAUAGUCCUACACCAGAAAACUCUGAUGAUAUGCUAUCUACAGACACAGAUGAAGACCAGACACACUCUACAACAACGGUUUUUGAUGUGCAGGAGUUAAACAAUUUAGAAUUAUUUCACCAGUAUACUCUACAUAAAGAUUCAGUAACAGAUCUUUGUCUAGCCAGAGAUGGAAGAAAUAUUUUCUCUGUUUCUCAAGACAGUUUCUUGAAGAUGUAUUCAUUAGAAGAACAGAGGCAAUUAAGAAGUGUAAAUGUAUCUAGCAUGGCUUUAUCAUCAUGUCAGCUGUUACCAGACAAUUUAACCAUAGUGGUCGGAUCCUGGGACAAUAAUGUAUAUUUUUACAGUAUUGAGUUUGGCAGAAUUUUAGAAACUUUAAUAGCACAUGAUGAUGCAGUUUCUGAUGUAUUUUGGAUAAACAACAUUUUAUUUACAUCUUCCUGGGAUUCUACAGUAAAGAUGUGGAGUUUUACCCCACCAUCACCAUCUAAUCCUUUUGUUCCAGCUCAGUUUGUGGGACAACUGGAUCAUGAAUCUGGUGUGAACUGUCAGUGUGUUGAUAGCAACUGUCAGAUACUGGUUACUGGUUCAAAGGAAGGGCAAAUAGUAAUAUGGGAUAUCAGAUCUAUGUACCAGUUAACAGAACACAAUCUUCAUUCAUCCAAGGUCAAUGCAGUAACCUUGAGUCAAGAUAAUAAGAGAAUUUUAUCCAGUGGAGAAGAUUGUUACCUGAAAGUGCUGGAUAUUGAGACAGGAACUGAAAUAUUUGUCAAAGAUUUACAGGACCAAAUUAUGUGUUUUAUGUGGUGUGGAGAUUUGUUACUGACAGGAAGCUAUUCUGGUGACCUUCAAGUUUGGGAUAUGGAUAGAGGUCAAGUGGUUGUAAAGAAAUCUUUACAUUCAGAUGCUAUAACUUGUAUAGACAUUGGUAAUAACACCAUUGUAACUGGAGGUCAAGACAAGGUCAUCAGUUUGUGGAAACCAUAAAAAUAGUUCUUUAAGCUGGAAGUCUUGUUUAUUUAUGUGGCAGCAGUAACCAAACAGAUCUAUCUGACUUAUUUUGGAUACACAAAGUAACUUUGGUCAAUGGAACAAUAGAGGUCAUUAUAAUGUCAAGGUCAACAGAAAGUAGUACAAGAUAUGUGUAUUUCUGUUUCAAGGGAACACUUUCUUGUAUUCUAAGAGACAAAGGAUUAACAGGGUAUUCCAAUUAAACAUGCACAGUACAGGUACCGAGAGAAUCACAUCUAUAGGUAGGGUUCAAGUAUGCCCGAUAAAGGCAUGAGAAAUAUUGAAAAUGCAUCUGUUAAAUGGAAGUCAUGUAAAAAUUGAACAUAUGACUGUGAUAUCAUUUUGUUAAAACAUAUAGUUAUUGUUAUUGUUAUAAGUAUGUAUGAAAAGUUUGGUUGUAUUUACUUUUGAAAUGAUUUUAAUGGCAAGUCAUUAAAUUUUGUAUUAUAUUACAUAUCACCUGUUAUACAUGUUUAACAUUUUCUCCAUUUGGGUUAGGCCACACCAAUUUAAUUUCUUGUUCUAUGAAUUUUUGGACUUCAAAAUUUGGGGCGAGAAAAAAGUAGUUUAAAAUAUGAUGUAACUCUCCUCUUUUUGAGUACAAAAUUCUAAGUUUUCAAAGGUUUUGUAAAGAAGAACUAUACAAAUCCUUGGUAUUUCUAUUUUCUUUUCUACAUCAGUAAAAUGAUCCCUUGUCUGAGGGAGGGUUGUUCUCUACCUGAUAAUAACAAACACAGGUCAAAGUACGGCCUUUUACACAGGGCUUUGAUACAGACCAAACAGCAAGCUAUAAAGGACCCCAAAAUUAUAAGCAUACACAAUUCGAACAGAAAACCAACAAUCUAAUUUAUAUAUCCAAACGUGAAAAUACCAAUGAACAACAUCAACAAACAAUAACUGUUGAACAACAGGCCCCUGAAUCAAUCAGGACCGGUGGAUAAACAUGCAGUGGCUAUGGAUUGGAUAGUUUUGUUUCAGUGCAGGAAAUGGACAUGAUUACAUUUCCACAUGCGGGAAGUGGGAAUAUAAAAAAAAUAAAAAAAUUCUGUUUUGAAAAAAAUAGGUGCAGGAGGGCCCGUCGAACAAGGAAUCAGAUUGGUGUGGCCUUAGGUGGAGAGUUGUCUGUCUCAUUAUCAAUCUUACCACAUUUUCUAACUUUUAUAUUUGAAUAUGUAGUUUAUUUUAGUUGUAUUUUGUCAGAAUUAUAUGUUUCUUCUUGCUAUGAUAAGUCAUGAAAUACACAGUAACUCAUUUGAAGAGAGGGGAUUGUUGAGUCUUGUGAUAAGGAUGUUUGGUGCUUAAAUUCAUUCAAUAUAAUGGCAUUUUACAAAUGGAAUAUUUUUCCAUAGAUAUUAUGUAUAAUACAUGUACAUAAAAAAUUGAAAUAAUAGCUGUUACUCAUAUAAAAUAAAGAGGAAGAAGGAUUGGCUAUUAAACAUCCUUUUUUUAUAAUGAAUUGUUAAGAAUUGUUCAAAAUCAAGUUAGAUAUACCAACAAACUUUUUCAUGCCUAAGGGAAAUAUCUUAAAAAUCAAUACUUUUUAAACUCUGGAUUUAGUUCAAUGAAAAAGUUAUCAAAAGGUAUAUGCAUGUUAUAAGUCGUGGCCAGUGCCAAAUCAAUGGUCAUGUACCAAUGAUAAAUUAGAAAAAUAUGUAUGCAAUGGUUAUGGACAAAGUUUCCAGACAAUUAUUAUAGAUAAUAUGUUAUACAUCUAAUUAUAAAUUCUUAGAAACUAAAACAUGUUAAUUAAAUUAUAUAUUUGCAUGAUUAUUUAAUGUUAAUGUUUAUUAUUGUUUAUUUAGUAUAUGCAACCACCAAUGUGCAAUCAAAUGCAAAUCAUUUUUACUAUGCCAAAAUUUAGCUGUUACCAGUAAAUAUUUACUGUUUGAUAUUAUUAAAAUAUGAAAUAUUC